AUGGCUCUCGCCGGCGUAUUCUCAUACUUCUGUCAGCAAGCUACAGCCAACGGCGAUGCAGCCAAAGCCUCGCAAUACGGAAUUGCAGCUGUUUCCACAGUGUUCAUCUUCAUAUCCAUCUUUGGCGCCACAUGGUUAACAGUGCCGUGGCUGUAUACCGCCGAAAUUUUCUCGCUGGAUGUCAGAGCUAAGGGCAAUGCUUGA